GCUGUGCUCGGGUUAGAGACGCUGAAUAGCGGGUGGUUUGUGUUGUUAAAUCGAACUUGUUGUUUUUAGAGGUUUAUGAGGAAUGCUAGAUAAUUAACUUUUCUUAAACAAACUGCCAAUUGCUUGCUUACAUGUUUUGCAUCUACCGCUAAUCAGAACUAAUGAGGUUGCUAAGCGAUUAGUGCUAGGAAAGCAGCACUAAUGCAUCCUAGUCCACACGCUCUGAACAAAGCAAGAAGGAAGACACUCUCAUCAUGUCCUCAGUGUAUUUCAGUCCAGGGUCAGAUUCAGGUGUAAAUGGAAACGUUGCAAAGAUGGAGGAAGCCAACGUGAAGAUUGAAGAUGGAAAGGAUGACAUUGUGGAACCAGACACAAUGUACCACAAUAUCCGCAAGACGAUUGCACCGUUUGUUAUGUCUUUUGGAUUUCGUAUAUUUGGAGUGAUACUGAUCAUAGUGGACUUUGUGCUGGUGAUUGUGGACUUGGCACUGCCAACCAAGAGCAGAGAGGUUGGAGAUGCCUUAGAGGCUGUGUCCCUCAUCAUCUCCUUAUUCUUUCUCGCUGACGUUCUCCUGCGGGUGUAUGUGGAAGGGUUCAAAGUUUACUUCAGCUUCAAGUUAAACAUCAUAGACGCCUGUGUUGUGGCAAUCACGCUGGUGGUCACCAUGGUCUACACCUUCAGUGACCUGUCAGGAGCCGAUCUGAUCCCCAGGGUGGUGACGUUUUUCCGUUUCCUGAGAAUAAUAAUACUAGUGAGGGUUUUCAGACUGGCAGCUCAGAGAAAAGAGCUGGAGAAGGUCACCAGGAGGAUGGUUUCUGAGAACAAGCGUCGCUAUCAGAAGGAUGGAUUUGACCUUGACCUUACCUAUGUGACGGACCGUGUCAUUGCUAUGUCUUUCCCCUCCUCUGGAAAGCAGUCCUUCUACAGGAAUCCAAUCAGGGAGGUGGCGAGGUUCCUAGACACUAAACAUGAAGACCACUAUAAAGUUUACAACCUGUGCAGUGAGAAGGGCUACGACCCGCAGUUCUUCCACUACAAGGUUGAGCGGGUGUUCAUUGAUGACCACAAUGUUCCCGCGUUGGAGGACAUGCUGAAAUACACAGCAAACGUGAGGGAGUGGAUGUCUGCUGAUCCCAAAAACAUCAUUGCCAUUCACUGCAAAGGAGGGAAAGGACGCACAGGUACUCUGGUGUGCACCUGGCUUAUUGACAGCGACCAGUUCGAGAGCGCACAGGAUAGUCUGGACUUUUUUGGUGAGAGGAGGACAGACAAGAGUCAGAGCUCAAAGUUUCAGGGAGUAGAGACGCCCUCUCAGAGUCGGUACGUGGGGUACUACGAGGUCAUGAAGACCAAGUUCAACAGACAGAUGCCUCCACCCAAGAGCCUCAGGAUCAAGAGCAUCCGCAUCCACUCCAUAUCAGGUGUGGGUAAAGGUAAUGGCAGUGAUCUCAAGGUGAAGAUAAUUGUGAAGAAAGAGCUGGUGUUUCAAUGUGUGUGUGCCAAACAGGAGAACUGCACAGUAUUUCCUGAUGUGGGCAGCAAUGCAGCAGUCAUCAGUCUACUGAACGGGCCUGUGGUUGAAGGGGAUGUCAAGGUCAUGUUUGAGUCGAGUGCUGGUCUUCCGAAAGGAUAUGAAGAUGUUCCGUUCUACUUCUGGUUCAAUACCUCCUUCAUAGAGGAUAACAAGCUGUUUCUACCCAGAGAAGAGCUGGACAACCCUCACAAACCCAAGACCUGGAACCUGUACAAGGAGGACUUUGGUGUCUCUAUGAUCUUCUCUGAAUAAAAGCCCCUCAGAAAGCUGAAGAUGAUAAAUGACUUGUUAGUUUUACUUUUAUGGUGAGCUGGAAUUGGUACAGUGAAUACCAUGAGUGUAAUGUUAAAAUUGAAGAUACUUUAGCAUUACUUGAAUCAAAUAUGUUGUACAAUCUGAAAGGCACUAAGUCAGACUGCAGUGCUGAGGCACUUAAACUGAAAUGUAUAAUAAUGUGAAGAAUUCCCAUUAAAUGUUAUGUCUUCCAGUGAA